AACAAUUCUGCUACUUACCACAUUUCUAGCACAGGGCUGAUCUGUGCACUUUCCAUUGUACAGAGAAGAAUAGUGCUGACAUCCUGGUGCUGAGGGGGCUGCCAGCUCCUCUGGUUAUUAGGGCAUAGGCGAGUGCAUCCCGGCUCCCAGAGGCAGAGAUCACCAAAGCACUUGGGGGUCUCAAGGCAACAAGCCCGGUGAGGAGACAGGAAGGUGUAAAUAACGAUGAGUUUGGCCUGAGGCCAUAGAUGAAGACUAUGCAGGAGUCUGUCUCUAAGGAGGUGAAGAUUUAACAAGCAUCCAAGCCAAAAUCAACACCGCCUAGCCCAACACACAAUGCUGAGCUGGAAGUUGCCCAGGCAACUCAGUAUUAAUCAAGUGCCUCAGGUGUUUCGAGAGCAGGGCAUCCUGUUUGGGUAUCGCCAUCCAAGAAGUUCUGCAGCAGACUGUCUCCUCAGCGUCUUCCAGAUGACAAAUGAAACACUAAAUAUAUGGACACAUUUUUUGCCUGCCUGGUACUUCCUAUGGAAGUUGUUUGCCUUGGCCUAUUCGCUGGAUGUCUGGAACGACACGUAUGCCUGGCCCUUCCUUGCCUACAUGCUCACGUGCUGUAUUUAUCCUUUCACAUCCAGCUGUGCCCACACAUUCAGUACGAUGUCCAUCCAGGCGAGACAUAUUUGUUAUUUCUUUGAUUAUGGUGCCCUUAGUAUGUACAGCUUAGGUUCUGCGAUUGCUUAUUCAACGUAUGUUUUCCCAGAAGAAUGGAUCAAUAGCACUUUCCAUCACUGUUAUGUACCCAUUGCUGUGCUUAACACGGUCAUUAGCACUGGUCUUUCCUGCUACUCCAGGUUCCCCGAGAUACAGCAGCCCAGGCUCAGUAAAACUCUUCGCACCCUGGCUUUUGCAUAUCCGUACCUGUUCGACAGCACCCCUCUCUUCUACAGGCUAUAUCUGUGUACUGGGGAAAGCUGCAUGGAUAGUGUAAUCCCAGUCCACUACAAGCACUGUGUGUUUGCCUUCCUCACUUGUUUCAUUUUUGCUGCACAUCUGCCUGAGAGACUUGCCCCGGGAUGCUUUGACUAUAUUGGGCACAGCCACCAGCUUUUCCAUGUAUGUGGGAUCAUUGGCACACACUUCCAAAUGGAGGCCAUCUUUAUAGACAUGAACGCUCGCCGUGACUGGCUCUUAGCUUCCUCACCUCUUCUCGCUUUCUCUCAAACAGCUGGUUCAAUUGGUAUCUCCAUUAUCAUUAGCCUAACUAUCAUUGUGGCUUUCUCACUGGCUCUCUAUUCAAGACCAAAGUCCUGUAGGAAAGAAAAACUACAUAGGCAUUAAACUUUAAGUAGAGACUGGUUUUUAGUUACAUUGCUGCAAAUGAGAAAUACCAAGUAACUUUAGUACUGGAUCAAUGAAGGUGAUGAGGUAUUUUGAUGAAUGUUUUUCUUGGGGAAGAUACUCCAGGGGUU